AUGUCCCGUUCCCCGCUACAAGAACUCCCUUUAUCCAGAGUUCCUCUGCCGCCAACGCCUCUUACAGCGACCAGGUCGACAAAACGACCGUUUGCUCCCGAUAGCCCGAGUCUUUUCAGCCCAACAAAGCGCCGUAUACUGUCAGAAGAAGGCCUCCUUUCGGAUAAUACUCUAAAGAGUCCUUUCCACAUACGCGAAACUCUUACUUCGCGACCAGCCCAGGCAAACGCGGAACCUUCCCCAGCGAAGAAACUCGAUUUUGGCGCUUCGAAAAUCGCGAAGACCUCUGUUACAGGAGAUCGACUUUCUAAACCGCCAUCUGUCGCUCCUUCACCUCAGUUACCUCGCACACCAUAUACACCAUCGUGUACAUCCAAUGCUCGCACUCCUCUUUCUGCAGUCGAUGACUUUUUUUCGACACCAGAACGCCUUGCGUCGUCAUCACACUCCAAGAACCCCCCGCGGAUCGUUCCUCGGCCGCUUCCCGCGUGUUCAGACCCUCACUCGGUUCAUUACCCAGGGUUCCGAGUGUAUCGCGAUCCGCAUAUCAUUAUUCCGGAUCCCAUUGACCCAGGAUUGUUCAUGGUAAGGACGGCAAAAGAAAACCUUCCUCCUCGACGUUCUAUGAAGAAGGCUGCCACGGAACCAGUUCGGAAUGAAGACAAUGGGCUACUUCUCACACCAGAGUCUAAGAAGCGAGAACUGGAGAAAAUGUUGAAAGCAAAGUCGACUCCUGCAACACCAAGGAAGAUCGCAGGCAAGGAGAGAUCAGAGCACACCAGUCCUACACCCCAGAGACCGGCCGUCCCACUUGGUGGUCGUCCAUGGGUUGGGACGCCAUCACUCACUGAGGAGGACAGAAGGGAACGAAGGCGUCUUAUGAUGGAAGAAGUGGAGGAUGGUGACAAUGGUAUUGGCUUUGCAGAUCUAUAA